CCGGCGACACCCGACUGAGCGCCUGGUCUGUCCGGAGGAAGUGCUAUCUGCGGCUGGCCCGGGACUCUGCAGGGGAUGCCGCUUCCUCCCGCCCCGUCCGCUCUAUGUGGUCACCCAGUGGAGUGAUAGUGCAGGGCGGCGGCCGUCGGUCACCGCAGUGCAUGGUGGCGGCGCGAUGGCGCGACACGUCUCUCACCUGAUCCUGCUGCUGCUGCUGCUGCUGCUCACCGUUAUCGCGCGCAGCGUCUGCCAGAGUACCAUAAGCCUGGGAUACCAGGACCCGCCAGACUGCACGCUCCCCGGACAACGCAACAUAGAAAACCGUGAUGUCGGAACAAACUUCAGCGUAACCUGCCUACCAGAGUGCAUCAAUUCUUCGUUGGCCAUACAGUCACCGGGACGGGAGGCUGUAUAUGGAACACGAGUUUACAGUCUGGACUCGGACCUGUGCCUGGCGGCCGUGCACGACGCACGACUGCCGCACCCGAGCCGGAUGGCCGGGCCCACCGCCGUCCUGCUGACCCUGGUCCAGUACGGUGGCACGUUUGUGGCCAGCUUUCGACGAGGAGUCAGCAGUGCCAGUCGCGCCUACCAAUACCAGCAGCUGGGAGUCCAGUUCACCAGUGACUGGGUACAGGAGGCGGUUCCGGAUAUAACGACCGUCCACACCAACUUCAGACGAGAACGAGGACCUGCAUACGUGCGAUGUCAUGUCGGCUCGCCCUACCAGCUGUCAGAGGCUGCCAUAUACCGAGUCUCUGGUGGACAGGCCGAGGCGCAUGCUUUGAACGUGGGUGCUGACAAUGAUUAUGUGUCUUUGACCCACAACCGUGAGAAGAAUGAUCCUCCGGAAGUUUUUCUCUGCCGCUUGAAAGCCUCAGCGUACUCCGACACAACUACUUUUGCGUACAGUCCUGAACCAUACUUUGAACCAAUUGAUAAGAUGUAUUGGUCAAGUGCUGGGAGUGACGUAACAAUCGGGUCACUUCCAUCGCGUGGAGCGCCGACCUGGUUUGGAGCAGGGUUCAGAGGCAUCACGCGCCAGGGAACUGGCCUGCUAGCUCGUGAGCUGAUCUUCAGAAACGUCAGGCUAGAGCAGAGCGGCGUCUAUUUGAUGGCAUACAGCCAGGAAUAUCACCCACACUCUUCAGCCACGAGACUCAUAGUGAGAGCCUGUCCUGAGGAUUUCUUCGGAGCUGCCUGCGACAGACGGUGCCCGCAUUGUUUGCACGGAGGCCGGUGCCACGAGGCGACGGGUCAAUGCGUCUGUCCACCCGGCUUUAUUGGAUUUCAAUGCGAAAUCGGAUGCGGCGAGUCUCUGCUCGGCAUGACCUGCUCCUGGAGGUGUCCACGGGACGAUUGCCGGGGUCGUCUCCUCUGCGCGCCCGACCCCUAUGGCUGCUCCUGUGGACCAGGCUGGAGAGGAAAUGACUGUUCUCGCGGCUGUCCUCAGGGAUCAUACGGGCCGGACUGCGCGUUUCAGUGUGGCCACUGCAGAUUUAGUAGCUGCGAUAAAUUCACAGGACGCUGCGAUCAAGGAUGUAACCGAAAUGACGUCUCACCACCCCUGUGCCAGGAGUUACAGUGGCCCUGGUUUCGCGAUCCGCCGGAAAUUCUCACGGCCGGCUUCACGAGCAUCACGAUCCGACACCGUCGCUGGACGCGUCGGUACGACAACGGCUACGGCAACGGCACGAUGCUGACGUACAUCGGCCAGAUACGGGAGGCGGUCGGAGGGAGGCCGUGGAGCUCCGACCCCGCCGGUGCCGGAGUCCGAGACGACAGCCUCGCCGGGGAUGAAUUUCAACUGAAAUUCGGUAACUUGAAGCCUGACACCAGCUAUUUGGUGAGAAUCGUCAUAAGAGAAAUGCCAUUGAACGCCCAACAGGACAGCGAUGAGCUUAUACCGUAUGAAGAAGCGCUCACCGAUUGUGAAGCUCCCAACAGCGUCGGUGGCAUAUUGACCAACGAGCUCACAGACACAUCGGCCACAUUCACGCUCGAGGACAUCUCAAACAAGCAAACAGCGUGUGCAUACAAGUUGAACGCCACUCUGAGUGCCCAGACAGCUGAGGGUGCCGGGCUAUCACGUCUCAUCGAUUCCGCUCGCUCUCUAAGAGUUCAGUUCACCGGUCUGACGCCGUUCACGGAGUACACGCUGACAGUGUUUGCCGUCAGCCGAAAGGGGUCGUCGCCGCCACACAGCGAGGUCUUUCGAACUUUGCAAGGAGCUCCGUCACAGGUAACACAGCUGCGGCACUUUGAACUACUUCCCGGAAGAUUUUCAAUCGCGUGGAAUGAACCAACAAAUCCCAACGGAAUCAUUGGUGCCUAUCAAGUUCUUAUACAGCAUUUACGCUUCACAGCAUGUGGCACGAGCACUCCGCAAAGAGAUUCAACAGAUGUCCUACACAUAAACACCACGGAACUUGGCUUGGAGGUACCGCUCAAGCACAACUACUCUGUCUAUUCAGUGUCGGUGUUCGCGUUCACUGUGAAAUCAGGCGGCGGGGCCUACGACACCAUCAGAACCGGACGAACAGUGCCCGGAGUCACUGCACAGGUUUCUGUCACCGAGCAAAGAGAAUCUGUCUACCUUACUUGGACGUGGCCGGGCUGCUCCACAUGGGGAGACGACGCAGGAAACAUCCGACUCCUCGUCACCAUUCGAGGAGUAGACCAAUGGAAUCAAGGGUCAAGAGUGAUAAACUACACGACACCGGGCUCCUACAUUUACGGCCUGACGCCGUUUUCCAACUACGUACUUAUUGUUGGCACCUGUAACUCAGUCGGUUGCAAUCAAACUAUGCAAGAAAUCACCUUUGAAACCCUCGAGUCAGAGCCUGGCAUACCCGUCAAUGUCACUGGUGUGGGGGUGGCUCCGACCAGCCUGACCAUCGGAUGGGACCCACCGGUGCCGCCUCUCAGUCGUAUCGCCAGCUACACGGUGUGCUGGAACGGCUGUUAUUAUUUCACCAAAAUGUCCGUCUCGGCGGACGAGGCGUGCUCCUCUGAGGACCUCAGCCGGCCCCGCUGCCGCGCCAAAAUCACCGAUCUCCGUGAGGACACAGAGUACUCAGUGACGGUGUAUGCAACCAGUGCGAAUGAGGCGUCUGGUCACCGUUCCACCGCCGUUAGGCUACAAACUGGUGAAGGAGCCCCGGGGCUACCACGGGACCUGAGGUUCACCAACCGCAGCCAGACCAUGCUCAACGUCUCCUGGCUGGAGCCGGAGGAAAAGAACGGCCGUCUGCUCCAGUUCCGGCUGAACGUCUCUGCUGACGAGUCCGGCUCUGGAAGGCGCCUCAGACGGGCCGCUGGCGCGCGCACCUUCACCCUGCCGGCCCGGCAACGGGACGGCCGCCAGUUGAACGACGACACACCGUACAGCCAGCUGGUGGAGGGCCUGUCUCCCGGCACCGCGUACCGUCUGGAGGUAGCCGCCAGCACGUCGGCCGGCUUCGGCAGCUGGGCGAGCGUGGUGGUACACACCCUGGUGGCGGCACCGACGGUCCGCGAGCAGCCCAGGGUGGUGCCCGAGCGCACCACGGACACCACCGUGCAGCUGGUGCUGCCGGCAGCCGAGAGCGGCGGCGGCCCGCUCUCCAGCUACCUGGUGCUGGUGGCCACCGCCGAGGGGUUCGACGCGGUCCAGGUGGUGCCGAGCGCCCUGCCCAACGCAGAGGAGAGCGAGAAAGACGAGCUGGGCUACUACGUCACGGCCGCCCUGGAGCCGGAGCGAGUGCAGCGAGACAGCACGUUCGUGGUCGGUGACGGGCGAUACUACAACAGCACCGAGACGCCGUAUCUGAACCAGCCGCUGACCACCGGCGACAAGUACUGGUUCGGCGUGGCCGUUAUCUCCCGGAUCGACGACGACAACGAGCAGCUGGCCUUCCAGCAGAUCGGAGAGUCCAUCGUCGUCCUUCGACCUCCAGCAUCACCGGUUCUGCCCGUUCUUCUCGCUUUUCUGUCUCUUGCCCUGUUUGUCCUAUUGGUGGCAGCAAUCGCCUACCGGAAACGCAUUAAAAGCGCGAUAUUCAAAAACUCUGGAAACCGGAAUGAAGCCGAUGUUCCUUUGGAAGAUGUGCGAAAUCUCGAGAAGCCAGUGAAGAUCGAAAACGAAGAUAUGGAAGACGAAGAAGCAAUAUAUGCCAACGAGCAGCCGAUGCAGAUAAACUUCACCAGGAUCGAGCUGAAGGACCUGGCGGAGAGGGUCAGAGCCGACGUGGCGUCCGGCCAGCUGAUGGCUCAGUUGCAGAACGUGCCGCACGGCCUGACCAGGCCCUGCACCCGAGGUCAACUCGCAGAGAACAAACACAAAAACAGAUACAUAAACCUGCUGCCCUACGAUGAAUCCCGUGUCGUGCUCGAGAAGGUACCGGGCGACGAUUUCUCAGACUACAUAAACGCCAACUUCGUUGAGGGGUACAAUCGCCCACGUGGCUAUAUCGCCUGUCAGGGCCCCAAGAAGGAGACCAAGUACGAUUUCUGGCGCAUGGUGUGGCAAGAGAAGGUCGCUCGCAUUGUCAUGGUCACCAAUCUGGUCGAGGGUGGAAAACGCAAGUGCGACGAGUACUGGCCCACGGAAAGGCGGCUCCGUCUGCCUGGCAUGAAGGUUUCUCUCGAGAUGGUGCAAGAGUACAGCGACUUCAUUGUGCGGACAUUCUCCAUCAAUCAUGGAAAUCUCAACAGAGUGGUGACCCAGUUCCACUACACGGCCUGGCCGGAUCACAGCGUGCCACUGUACCCCUCAUCGCUGGCCAAGUUCAUCAGGACGGUGAACGGCGUCAAUGAUCAGGCCGCCCCAACCGUGGUCCACUGUAGCGCCGGCGUGGGUCGAACUGGCACCGUGAUCCUGAUCGACAGCAUGUACCAGAUGGGACAGCGCGAGCAAGCGGUGGACGUGGCCUCCCACCUGGCCGUCAUCCGCCAGCAGCGGGCCAACCUGUGCGCCAACCUGGCCCAGUACCAGCUGGUGCACCAGGUGCUCGUCGAGCUGCUCGUGUCUCCGUCGAUGGCGGUGCCGGCCGCCCAGCUGGCCGCCCGGCUGCCGCAGCUGCGCGCGCCCGGCCCGGCCGGAGGUCCCUCGCAGGUCGAGCAGCAGCUCAGCUACCUGGAGCAACACCGACCUGUGGCCACUCACUUCAGCCUCGGCGGUCUCCAGCUGGAGGGCAAAAACCGGUCACCGGACGUGCUGCCAGACGACUCGAGUCGCGUGUUCUUGGAUCCGAAGAUAAAGGACAACUACAUCAACGCAGUGUUCGUGCAGGGGUACAAGAGGCAAGAUGCCUUCAUCGCAACGGAGGCUCCCCUUCCGGCCAGGAAAUACGUCUUCUGGCAGAUGGUGGUUCAAAAGCGGUCCCGAAUCAUUGUCAUUAUGAACGACCUUGAAGAGGAAGACGUGUUCUGGCCUACCGAAGGACAAGCCGACGUCUACCGCGACGUGGAAGUACAGAGCAGCGGCGAAACGGCGUCUGACGGCAUUAUCACAGUCAGCCUCAAGAUACUGUGUUUUGAAUCUGGCCAGAUGACCGAAACAAUCGACGUCACCGUACUGGUGCUGGCCGGCGCUGAGGAGGGCGGUGCGCGGCGACGCCCCAGCCUUCCCCGGGCGGCGGAGCUCCUACAACUGUACAGCGCCUACAUGCGGUCGGCGGCACCGCUGGGCGCGCUCCCCGCCGUGGUCGUCUGCAGGAACGGCGUGUCCGGGUGCGGCCUGUUCCUGACGGUGUGUUUCGAGCUGGAGCACCUGAGCGAGGAACAGGAGCUGGACGUGGCGAUGGCGGUGUCGGUGGUGCGCCGCAGUCGGCCACAGUUCAUCACAGGCCUGGAGCAGUACCAGCUUUGCUACGAUGUGGCUUUGUCGUGGCUGGACGCAUUCGCAACCUACGCGAAUUUCCAGUGACUGGUCUGAAGUAUCAGUGCUCGGGCUGCGCUUCAGCAACAAGAGGGGUUCGAAAAGCAGUGCCCCGGCUUCCCUUUCACCUGUUUGUGAUAUACAGGACAUGUUGGCCAAAGAAAGACAGGCACACCAGCAUAUAAGUAUCUUUGCAUGCGGACGCGCGCCAGGGACCCGCGAUAUUAUCUAUAGUUACGUGCGGGUUCGUUUCACGCGUGAAUAUUUCCUGUUUUAGGACUUCAAUGUAAUCGUGACCAUUGAGCUGGUUAUUAGUAAUACGUGAUUACACCAGAAUGAGAGCUUGGCUUAUAUUUGUAGCAGUAAUUCUUCGCAGAUCACUCAGUUCGUCAUAUGCCUGGGUGUCGCUUAUCAGUUAGUAUUGUCUGCAUUAUGUGUGCAUGGAAUAUAUAGUGAUGUUGUUAAUGCCUCCGCGCCAAUACUCGCCCCUGGAGCCAAAUGUCCUUCAACUGCUCUUACAUAUCCGAGCUUUUCGCUACCUUACCAUAGUCACGCAUGACAUAUGUUUGAUGUUUUAUGCUUCGGUGUCAUUGCGCGAUGUCUGUAAGGCAUAUGCUUAUGUUAUAAAACUUUCAAUACAAGAUAUCAGAUAUAGA